AUGCAACGAGCCCUCCUCUUCAUCGCCGUGUGCGGUUUCGCCGCCAUCCACCAGGUGACAGCAACAGCUGAAUGCCCUUUGCUAUCCGCAUCGGCCGAUCCGAGCCGUACCCGUACAUCAAAUACGCCCAGCGGUACCCCAAAAACCUGCGUAACGGGCGAAUUCUGCUAUAGCGACGGAAUGAACGACGAUUGCUAUACGGCCGUGAAGUGCGCGGCGCUGGACACUUCAGCCGGCCUCGUAAAGAGCCAAACGGCCCCGAUCAAAACCACCGAUCCGGCUAACUGCACCACAGCCGAUGAGAAGUGCUUUAACGACGGAACUACUGAUGCAUGCUACGCGCCGCCCACGACGACAAUGUUGACCACCGCUGCCUCAUCCGAGGCGACGGGCAGCACGGCCGCCACCGGAUCGACCACCGCGUCCAGCGAGUACACGGGAAGCUGUGUGGAUUCUAACACUAACUGCCCAACCUGGACGAAGAACGGCUUCUGCACGAGCUCCUUCUACGCCAGCCAAGUGCAGACGUGCAGGAAGUCGUGCAACCUCUGC